GAGCUGUAAUAAGGCUAGAGUAAGCUACUAGUUGCAAUUCAGCAGUGCUAGGAGGAUGGUGUCACGAUUGGUACUGUUUGCGGUGUUAUCGCUUCUUUGCAACUGCAUUGAUGCUUUCCACAACCUGUUUCCAAUCGACAUUGGCUUAAGUGAAGAAGAUCCUUUUUUAACCAAUGAAAGGGAAGAGUUUGACGAUUGUCAUCUACGUUACAUGCGAUAUGGAAAAGAUGAAUUAGACAUCCCCGACCCACUUCGGACCUAUGAAGAGCCUCGUGAUUACAGCCACAUUGCUACCAUUGGAAGGAGACGGAACGGAGGCACAAUCGAUUGGACAUGCAUGGGUGCACUGAUAUGGGACAGCUUUGUGAUUACUUCAGCUCAAUGCACUACAGAUGAAGGGAAUGGAAUACCAAGUGUCGUUCGACUAGGAGGAACCAAAUACGUGCAGGUGAUAAAUAUCAAGGAAGUCAUACGACAUCCUGACUUUUUGCCAAGUAAUGGUCAAAAUGAUAUCGCUCUGAUUCAGUUGGACAGGAAAAUCAUAAUCAACGAAACAGCUGUACCUACAUGCUUUUGGCUGUUUGACGGGGUACCUUUUCAGAAGCUUGACUCUAUUCGACGUACAGCUGCAAGUAGAAGGGAACAAACACCUGAAUUCGUAACCGAGCAGAUGACCACAGUGAAUGUAAAAAGUGAAGACUGCUUUGCACCAACGACACGCAAUCAGGGACUUCCAGAGUCACGGCUUUGCAUGGAAACAUUGAAACAAAAUGCAGACAACUGCCAGGAUACACAAGAAGGCAAUCCUUUACAAGCCCGGCUGCUACAUAACUUUCAAACCAGCCCCUUUCUGAUUGGCCUAGUGACUUCCAGCUUUUCUUCUGGUUCAUGUAAUCGUCGACGAGGAUAUACGAAGAUCGGAUCCCAUCGUGACUGGCUGAUGCAGGUGUUGCUAGACCGAAAUGUAUCUGUAACUCCGGAAGAUUUCUUCCCGGUGGUUUGCGCCAAUCGUUUCCGCGGAUUACGGCCACGAUCAGAUAAACUGGUGUUGGAACGGAACGGAGAUAUCCCAGUCAAUAGUAUACAGGUGGAAUUUGUCCGUGACAGAGACUUGCAGUAUAUAGUGCAGUUUAAAUGGCCAUCGGAUGCUAAAAAUGUGCCUCAAAUGAAUUGUGCCGGUACGUUCGUUGAUCAGCAAACGGUUCUAACAUUGGCAGAAUGUGUCAUCGCUACUACACCGGAAGGAGUUCAACCAACAGAUGUAGUUCAGGUUUCGCGGUUUAGAAAUACGUCAUACCCUAUUAAAUCUAUUACUGUGCAUCCUCAUUAUAAUAAAAGCUCUCAGAAAAACAAUAUUGCAGUGGUCAAAUUGCAAUCUCGUCAAGAUGUAGUUCCAGCAUGUGUGUGGACGCACAGGAUCCUACCGGACAGGAGAGUUGACUUGACUGGGGCUGGAAUGAGCUUUUUAAACAACUUUCAAGAAUCCAUCUUCGUGGAGGACGACUUCACCAAUGCCUUUGUACAACCUGCGAUGGAUCACUAUCCCUGGGCGAACUGCUCAACCGAGUUGAGGCAGCUGAUGGGUGGCAAUCGUUCAUUGGAUGGUUUGACAAAAAAUGAACACUUAUGUUUCCGCAGUGAUCAAUGGAUAGUACCGGGUGUAUGCGAGGAUGUUCCAGGAGCACCAGUACUGCGUUACAUUAAUCGUGCUGGUGCCUUCUUCAAGUACGUAUACGCGUUGACCGUUGCAGGUCAGACUUGUGGCCAUGGAAUACCGACAGUCGCACUACAACUAGCACCGCACGCCGCCUGGUUGCGAUCCGUCAUUCUUGAAAAAAGUAUCUCUGGUGGACAGAAAGCUUCAGAAUCAGUGAUUGUAAUCAAUCCGGAUCUGAAACGAAGUGAUGAAUGCAGCAAUGGGGAUGGUACAAUGGGUAUUUGUGUACCGUAUGCAAUGUGCCUUAGCACUAAGGAACGCUUGCGCAAAGGUGAACGAGUGACACUUUGUACGGACGGUACGGUCGUUUGCUGUCCAUGGGGUGAUAUUGCGAGAAAUUCUGGCGGUGAUCUAAUUCGCACCGAGCUCGACAGCUGUGAAAAUCGUUAUCAUUCUUUACGUCGUCAGCGCUAUUCGGGAUUUAGUCAAAACGAAUCCCUGUACAGCAAUCUACCCCAUGUAGCCGAAGUCGGUUGGCCUCAGAACAAUGGAGGGAUCGCGUUUGAGUGUUUUGGAUAUCUAAUCACCUCCAGUAUAAUAGUAACGAGUGCCCGUUGUUUAGAAACGUACUCUUACAAACCGGUAGUGGCACGAAUUGGAUCAGUGCAAUCCGCUGACUCAUCGAACUACGUUAUCCAGACUAUUCGUCGGGUUCGUGUGCAUGAAGACUACGACUCGCAAACUGGUGCCAACAACAUAGGGUUGCUAAUUCUUGCAGCGCCGAUAGAAAAUAAUGAAUAUCAUUUCCCAGGAUGUUUAUAUCGGAAUAACACCCAUCUACCUACGCGACAGUUUGCUAUAGGCGAUGAUCGAGAUGCAACAUUUUUCUUGAAAGUAUCGCCUCUUUAUCAGAGCGAGUGUCAGCAGCAUUUGACAGUGCCGCUCGUUUCUGGGCAGAUGUGUCUACUGAAAGCUCAACCGGAAGGAGUGUACAAGCCAAGAAAUAAGUGCCUUAGAACUGGCGAUGUGAUUGUGUGGGAGCAUCGCACUGAGGAAGAGGAUGUAAUGGACGUCGUGUAUUUGGUAGCUCUUUUUAGCCAUGGUGGUUGUGAUGUGGAAAAGGUACAGAUUGGAACACGAAUUUCAUACUAUUAUGAUUGGAUAAUAGCGAAUGGUAAAUAGUGAAAUGAUCAAGGUUAUAAACAAUAAAUCGAAAUACUCAAACUUCCGAUGUAC